AUGUAUCAGCCUCGACUCGAUAGGCCUCUGCCUAGGCCCCCCCGUCAGACAACGCGCCAGGCUCCUUACCUAGUGCGCAAUUUACGUGCGCCUCAGAAAAGUGGCUACCAGCGAGCUGCUGCUGGCGAUGUGAGAGCACACAGACAGGGUGCGACCAUGUCCGCGGCGCAAGACAAAGACGGCCCCAACAACAGUUCCGUCAACCCCCAAUUGUUAUCGGCUCCCUCAAUAACAAAUUCUCAAAGAGUCUCUGAGGUGCUGGAAGACGAUUCUGAGAUAAGGACCUACAUUUCCAACGGAUUUGGCGCCAUUCAACAAGCAAUCUUUGAUCUCACAGAGAAGUUUCAGGGUCGGCGAUUUGACUGCUAA